UUGAAAAGUGUAAAGAAAUUUGAAUAUAUAAAAAAAGAAAACAUACUAUUUAGUGAUUAAAACUUAGUGUAAUAUUAAGUUCACAAUUUUCUGUUCGAGAUGGCAAUACCACCGCCGCCAGGACCACCACCACCACCUGGUCCACCGCCACCACCAGCGAUGGGCGGUUUAAAGUUAGGCGGAGCUGCAGGUGGAGACUCACGAUCAGCUUUAUUACAAUCAAUACAAAAAGGCACGAAACUAAAAAAGACUACAACCGUUGACAAAAGUGGUCCAGCUUUAGCAGGAAAGGUACGCACACAUCAUCGUGAACCUCAACCAUUUACGAUACAAAAGAAAUUUGGUGAAGUAUGUACAUUAAUUGAAGGAUCGAUUUGUGUUGAGUGCAAUUCUGAAAUAAUAAACGAUGAACACUAUAGUGUGUUUAUGAAAUGCAAUAAAUGUAACUACAAAACUUGUUGUGAACGUGCAAUAUUUGAUCAUUGCGUUGGCUGCAAUGGUACAAAUGGCAUAGGAGAUGAAAUGGAAUUGCCACUACCAAAUGAAAUGCAUUGCAUUUGCGGUUUUUCCACAGCAAUUGGAAAUAAAAUGGCACAUCAUUUAGCAACUUGUGGACAAAAAUCAGCAUAUCCAACAGUGGAACUGGCACAAGAAAAUACAGUUAAAAGAAAUAUGUUAGAUAUGCUUGGAUUAGUACGACGCGACGGUGAAGGGUGCAACGAUGGCGAAGAUUCUGCAACUGCGGCUGCAAUAGCAGCAAGUACUAAUUUCCAAGAUGAAUUGCAACAAAGUUUUUCUAAUAUUGUUGAAAGUGACGAACAGGAGCAGCAAGAGCAACAACAGCAGCAGAUCGAAAAACAAGAACCACAAAAUGACAAUAAUCAAACACCAAUACAAUUUGGUGAAACAGAAGCAACACCAAUUAUGGAAUCUAAUCAAGGAACUUUAACAACUAAUGAUCAAAACUAUGCAAAUAUUGUAGAUUCUACUUCUAGUCUUCCCACAACAACUCAAUCAACACAAUACAAUAUUGGUUUCGGACAGCCAGAAGUGGAACCACAUACUUUAGGUGAACCUGACAUUGGUAUGCCACUUAUAGGUGAACUUCAAGAUCCUAAUCCGCCAGCAACACCACAAUUUUUAGGUGAAGUGCAUACACCAAUGUUUGACGCUGCCGCUGUUGCCGAACAACAACAUUAUAAUCAAAUGAUGCAAUAAAAUUAUUGAUGCAAUACAAUUUAUAUAUAAACCAACCACCUUGUAAGAAAACGAUUAAAGCAAAUAUUAAAUGCAAAUCUAGGACAAAACGUACUUGUGAUACGAUAUUAACAUCUGUGGUCACAAUAAUAUAUUUUAAUAUAUCCUUGUAAUUUGUAUUAUUUAUUAUAUUAUAAUUGUAGUCAUAUGCAAUC